AUGGUCAACACAUCCCACUCCCGCUCCGUCCGCGGCACCCUCUCCCACCCCAACCGCUCUCCCUCAUCCUCCCAACCUCCCCCAAGCCUCAGCGACGCCACAAGCCUAACCCCCGAAAACGCCUCCCUCCCACUUCCACCCCACGACUCGGCCCCUCCACCAUCUCUCUCGCAAACCCCCACUUCUUCCUCUUCUUCUCCCGCAGACGCAGCACCUACACCAAGUACCCCCUACCGCACCCUGGGCACCGCAGCAGGCGGUGGAGACAAGAGGGCUGUGGGGAAUCGUGCUGCGAAUCCUGCUAGUAAGGAUUCCGCCAAGGAUGUCGCUGGAGACGCAGUCGAAGACAUACUACCACCCAAAGGCAACGCAACGCAGUCCAAGACCCAAGACGGGAAGCGAGACGAAGAACCACACAGCCGCCGCGUCCGAGGCACACUAGCAAACAAAAAGCCUGAAGCGAGGGUCGAAAAGACAAUGCUGGGGGAUCCGGCGAGUUUGAUACCAGAGGGUGAGAAGACGGAGGGAGGGGUGGAUAAGGGGGCCGAGAGCGAGGGUGUGGUGAAGAGGGAGAGUAAGUUGUAA